CAUUAAACUGUUAUAAUAAACGCUAUAAAAUAGUAAUCAUUCUGAGUUCAUGAUUCCUAAAGCAUUAACUAAUGUUAAGGAAUUUGGCCUUACCGGAAAAUGUUACCUUAAGUCGUGAUUAAUUUUAAUGUCUGUUAUGUCCAUAAAACUUGUGAUCUGUCGCACUGCAUUAAUUCACUCUUGCACAAUACCUUGCUUUAAAGUGAUUAAGAAUUUAUUUUAACUAGCAAAGAAAUAAUGUUUUUUUUUCUUAUAUUUCUGUAGUAAAAUAUACAGUUACAUUAAAAAUAUACGAGACACGUGGAAUGUUAUUUGAUAUAUGGUUGUUCAUUAUUGUUCAUUUUAGUUAUUGUUGAGGUCUAUUGACUGAAUUUAAUUAUAUUUCUAAGACAUUUCAAAGCUUCUGUUAGUGUCGUUUCUCGUUCUAAACUCUAAGGGCCGCUGUUGAUUUGUAGAAACGCAUGUAGGCGAUCGCCUGUGGUUGGUGGAGUUGUGCUGAUGCUGGUAGGAGAUUGUGGAGGAGACUAAAGAGAGUCCAUGAAUGGAGACAGUCACUGGCUGAAAACAAGCAAACUAGAUGUAUUUGUGGAUAUUUUGAAUGCGGAACAUCAUCUACAUUUUGUAAUUUGAAUACGUCACUUACAAAAAAAAUGUUUGUUAUUAGAUCAUGUAGAAUGAUGAAUUGUUACAAAUCGCAAGGACAGUCACUGGAUCUUGUUUUCUUAUGGAGGGUGUAUUUCAUCAUGGCUGCUUGUUCGAUCUCAAAUAUAAACGCACAGAUUCGUUACUCCGUUCCAGAGGAAAUGAAGAAAGGGUCGCUGAUUGGGAAUAUAGCUCAUGAUCUUGGUAUGGAUGUUCAAAGACUGCGCUCGGGUCGAGCUCGUAUCGUGUCUGGCGACAGCACUGAGUACUUAGAGCUGAAAUCAGACAAAGGGAUUUUGGUUGUAAAGGAGAGAAUUGACCGAGAGCAGCUUUGCGCUGAAACCACUCCGUGCAGCUUCACAUUUGAAAUAAUACUCGAUUAUCCAGUGGAACUACAUCAGGUUACGGUGGAAAUACUGGAUGUAAACGAUCACUCGCCAAGAUUUCCUAAAGACGAAAUUAACCUUGAAAUAAGUGAAUCAGCCUCGCCUGGAGCUAUUUUUUUACUGGGAGGCGCAGAUGAUCCUGAUGUGGGUAUAAACGCACUACAAAAUUAUAUUAUGUCACCUAAUGAUUAUUUUAUCCUGAAACAACAUUCACGUCCCGAUGGAAUCAAAUAUGCUGAAAUGGUGCUUCAGAAGCCUCUAGACAGAGAGCAACAUCCACGAAUAUCUCUCAUUCUCACAGCAGUCGACGGAGGAAACCCUCAGAGAUCUGGUAACAUGAAAAUAGAUGUGAAUGUACUAGAUGCUAAUGACAACGCGCCAGUAUUUAACCAAUCAGUUUACAGGGCAACCGUAGAAGAGAAUUCACCUAAAGGAACUUAUAUUAUAACUGUUAAUGCUAGUGAUGCAGACAGUGGCACAAAUAGUUUGGUUUCAUACAGUUUUGCUAAUUUUAAAGGGAACAUAAACGGCGUUUUUAAAAUCAACGAAAAAACUGGUGCUAUAACACUAAGUGGGGUACUUGAUUAUGAAAAAGCAAAGAAAUACGAAAUUGAUAUCGAAGCAAAAGACCAAGGUGGUUUGGGAAACACUGCAAAAGUCAUAGUCGAUUUAAUUGAUGUAAAUGAUAAUGCACCAGUUAUUAGUGUUAUGUCAUUUUCGAGCCCUGUCUCUGAAGACGCAAUUGUUGGAACAACUAUUGCAAUUGUCAGUGUGAAAGAUGUAGAUGCAGAAGACAAUGGUCACGUUGUCUGUACAACUGAUAUAAAUACUCCAUUUAAACUACAGUCUUCAUUGCGGAAUUAUUACACUUUAGUCACUGAUGCUGCUUUAGAUCGUGAACGUGUGGCAGAAUAUAAUAUCACUAUCACAGCUACAGAUUCAGGAUCUCCUGCGCUUUCUAGUCAGAAAACUUUAAAUCUUAAAGUAUCAGAUGUUAAUGACAAUCCUCCCAGGUUUCAAAAGAGUGUUUACACUACAUAUGUUAAUGAAAACAAUCAACCUGGUUUGUCCAUAUUUACUCUGAGUGCUCAAGAUCAUGACUGGAACCAGAACGCUCGUAUUUCAUAUCUUCUAGAUGAGACUACAGUGGGAGGAUCCCCUGUUUCCUCUUUUAUAUCAGUAAAUGCUGACAGUGGAGUGGUUCACGCGCUGCGCGGUUUUGACUACGAGCAAAUGAAAAAUGUUCGUGUUUGUGUGAAAGCGCAAGACGGAGGCUCUCCGCCCCUCAGCACUAAUGUGACUUUGGAAAUUAUAAUCCAAAAUCAGAAUGAUAACGCUCCUCAGGUUCUGUAUCCAGUACAGACCGGUGCUUCUGUGGUGGCUGAGAUUGUGCCUCGUGCUGCAGAUAUUGGAUAUCUGGUCACUAAAGUGGUGGCUGUUGAUGUGGACUCUGGACAGAAUUCCUGGCUCUCCUAUAAACUACAGAAAGCUACAGACAGAGCGCUGUUUGAAGUGGGAUUACAGAAUGGAGAAAUAAGAACUGUGCGACAAGUGACUGAUAAAGAUGCUGUCAAACAAAAACUGACUGUUGUUGUGGAAGAUAACGGACAGCCCUCUCGCUCAGCUGUGGUCUCCAUUAAUGUGGCUGUGGCUGACAGCUUUCCUGAAGUGCUGUCAGAGUUCACAGACUUUACGCAUGGAAAACAGUAUGACGCUAACUUGACCUUUUAUUUAGUUCUCGCACUGGCUGCUGUUUCUUUUUUAUUUAUCACAUGUGUGGUUGUGAUAAUAUCAGUAAAGGUCUACAGAUGGAGGCAAUCGCGCUUCUUAUAUCAGUCCAAUCUGCCUGUUAUACCGUACUAUCCACCGCAUUACACAGACACAGGAGUCACCGGAACUCUGCCGCGCGGUUAUAAUUAUGAAGUGUGCAUGACGACUGACUCGAGGAAAAGUGACUGUAAGUUUUCUACACUGGGUGGACAGAAUGUUUUAAUGGUGGACCAGAGUUUUGCUGAGACGAUGCAGCGCGCAAUGAAGGAAAAAAACCUCCUAGAAGAUGCAGAAUCGUCUGAAAUGGUGAGACCAUCUAAAAUAUUGUUAAUAUAA